AUGGAUGCACCCCCGGCCUCGUCCUCUUCCCUCCUUUCCGGCUUUGCAAAGCUGAUGUUUUGCAUCUGUGGGAUUUACGCCUGUUUUUUGACAUGGGGAAUUCUACAGGAGAGGAUAUCGACCGUUGCAUAUCCAACUGGCAUCGAGUCGCUACUAAUCGACCGCGUGUCUGUUUUUCCAGCAUGCUAUUUCAUCUCAUUUUAUAAUUAUGUGUUUACGCAAGUCCACCAGCUGCUUCUUGCAGUUACCAAGAUCGAUGCAAAUGACAUGGACAAUUCUGCGGACAAAUUUUCGUCAUUCAUCUUUUUGAACUUGUCGCAGGCUCUCGCCUCAUGGAUCGUAUCGUCAAGUGUAGUUUAUUAUUAUCGCCGCUCUUCCUCCUCAAGAGGGUCUUGCUCCUCUUCUAGUAAAGACUCUUCGCCGUUGAUAUCUUCCAUACCUGGCCAUCCAGUGGCUCCUACCAUUGACUCGAGAUUUCCAGCGCCCGAUAGAAGGCUCUUUUGGCUUUAUUUAAAGCUUUCAAUCAUUUAUUCGGUAUCCUCGCCUUUUGCAUAUGCAUCGUUGAAAUACAUCCACUAUGUGGCAAUGAAUUUGGGAAAGGCUUGUAAACUUCUUCCGCUCGUAUUGAUUAAAAUUUUUGUCAAGCGGGAGUCCAUUGAGAGGAGAAAGCUUUUCAACCUGCUUCUCAUCACAAUGGGAGUUGUUGGCUUUCUGUUUUUCGAAGCACCCAAGGGCGAUAGGUCUGCACAUCGAAUGAUGGAUCGAUCCGAAAUUUCAGGCCACCAGGCGCUGAUAUUUAAUUUUGACUCUUUUUCCAUUGUGUUCGGUGUUCUCUUAUUGUUGAUCAAUCUCUUCCUGGACGGACUAAUGAAUUCGAUGCAGGACGAGGUUUUUUCUACCUAUAAGCCUUCGCCAUUCCACAUGAUGUUUUACUUGAACAGAAACUCUACCGUUCUGAUGGUUUUGUAUCUUUUUUUGGCCCCAUGGUCGGAUGAUUUGAAAAGUGCCCUUAAAUUCAUCGCCAUUAGGCCGUCUAUUCUUCCCGAUAUUUUUCUAUUCAGCACGUGUGGGGCUGUCGGACAAGCAAUUGUAUUUAUGACGCUUGGAAACUUUGGCGCAAUCCUUCUGGUCACCAUCACGGUGACAAGAAAGUUGUUCACCAUUUUGCUUUCUGUGCUGUAUUUUGGACAUUCGUUAACACCUGGGCAAUGGUCCUCUGUUUUCAUAGUAUUUUUGGCUCUUAUUUUGGAGGCGUAUUUGUCGUCAAGAAGGAAGCAUCCCCUACCCCCUCCUAUCGAAGUGACUCCGGUUUCAUCCCCGGGAAAGUAUAAGGUUAUCAAGCCUCUCAGUGGUAAAGUUAAAUAA